AUGUUAUUGCUGAAUAUUCAUAAUGAUGAUGAUGAUGAUGAUGAUGAUGAUGAUGAUGAUGAUGAUGAUGAUGAUGAUGAUGAUGAUGAUGAUGAUGAUGAUGAUGAUGAUGAUGAUGAUGAUGAUGAUGAUGAUGAUGAUGAUGAUGAUGAUGAUGAUGAUGAUGAUGAUGAUGAUGAUGAUGAUGAUGAUGAUGAUGAUGAUGAUGAUGAUGAUGAUGAUGAUGAUGAUGAUGAUGAUGAUGAUGAUGAUGAUGAUGAUGAUGAUGAUGAUGAUGAUGAUGAUGAUGAUGAUGAUGAUGAUGAUGAUGAUGAUGAUGAUGAUGAUGAUGAUGAUGAUGAUGAUGAUGAUGAUGAUGAUGAUGAUGAUGAUGAUGAUGAUGAUGAUGAUGAUGAUGAUGAUGAUGAUGAUGAUGAUGAUGAUGAUGAUGAUGAUGAUGAUGAUGAAUCGAUCACUCAUCAUAUUCAAUUUAGAUUAUAA